AUGUCAGAGCAAUCCGAGGUAGACGAGAUGGAACAAGAACAUGUUCCUGCAAAACAAAAAACUUUCAAGAAGAACGCUCAUAUCGCUUAUUUUACCAGGUGUUUGAAAGCGUUACCAAGUCAAGCAGAGGGACAAGAUGGCAAUAGAAUAACUAUCGCUUUUUUCUGUCUUUCCGCUCUGGACCUCCUCGGUCAAUUACAUACUUUCAGUGAAGAACAACGUAAAGGUUGGAUUGAAUGGAUAUGGAGACUCCAAUCUUCCUCCGGUGGAUUCAGAGGGUCGACCUGUAUGGACAUUCCCGAUGAAAACCAGCCGGGUCACCUACCAUCUACUUAUACCGCUUUGAUGUGUCUGGGUAUCUUGCGUGCCCCACUGGAUAGGUUAGAUGUCGUCGCUCUAGGGAAGUUUCUAAGGUCUUGUCAAGCCGCUGAUGGAUCAUUCUCACCCACACCGAUCCACGAUGACUCUCCAUUGACUAGUCGUUUUGAAAAUGACCUCCGGAUGACAUAUUGUGCUUCUGUCAUACAAUAUCUCAUCAAUGUAAACAUUGACAUAUCUUCCGCUCAACGUCUUAUCCAUCGCUGUAGAACAUGGGAAGGUGGAUAUGCUUCGAAACCAGGAGUGAUUGAAUCUCAAGGAGGAACGACAUAUUGUGCUAUUGCUUCUCUUUCUCUUUUCUCGUCAAAUUCGGAAUCCAUCGAUAUGUCCCCGGCAGAACAAAUUCAUGAUGAGCUGGAUUUUGAGGUACAAACGGGGAAUGAUACGAGUGAAGGAGUUUAUGAAGAAAUGAAGAUGGUUGAACAAGAAGCAACAUUGAGAUGGGCUUUACAACGUCAAAUCGGAGGUUUUCAAGGUAGACCAGGAAAAUUGGAAGACGUUUGUUAUUCAUUUUGGAUAGGGGCUACAAUACAUAUUUUAGGUCAUCCACAGUUGAUAGACUCCCUCUCUGAUCUUUCAUUCCUUCUAUCUGCUCAAUCUCCCUUGGGUGGUUUCGGUAAAGAUCCCGAAGCUUAUCCAGAUCCAUAUCAUUCAUAUCUCGCCUUAGCGGCAAUAUCCCUAUCACAUCCUGAUCUAGGUUUACUUUCUCUGGAUCCUCGACUGAACGUCAGUAAUGAUACUGCCGACUAUCUGAUGAAAGAGAUGAAACGAAUAAGAACAAAGAUAUGA